UUCACAGUUUUGAGGCUAAAGCAACACGGGAAAUUAGUGUAAACGUUGCUAGCCCCAUUGACCGUGUUUAACCAUGUAGGGCGCAUUUUUAGUCCAGCAGAAAAGGGCAUUGCUAUAUUCCACAGAUGAAGUUUGAAAGUUUUUCGCAACGACAGUAGCUUGGAGAAGGAAAUAAUAGUGAAAGUCCCUAGAUUCUUAAGAUUCUUCAUUUUAUGGAACACAUCCAUUAAAAUCCCAGUUUGUGAAGGCAUGUUUGCUGAAGCAGUGAGGCUAAGUCCUAGUUCCUUGAUAAUUCAUGCUUGCAAAUAAGGAGCAUUUUACUAACUCUCCACAAUAUUUGUGCCACGCCCAAGAAAAUUCUGAAUGUCAUUUUAGAGGCAGCCCAUGUAUUUACCUAAACACCUGCAGAAUAUCUUGAUGGUUUCUCUCUAAAAACAACAAAACGUCCAUUGGAAGUCCCUAUGUGGCUUUGCAUGAUUGCCUUACUUUACGCUUUAAAAUAUCUGCAGCUUUCUGUGCAAGAUUUUUGUUCACAGUGGAUAUAGGAACGAAAGGGUAAAUAAAUGACGUCAGAGUAACCACAUUUAAGGGCGGGGCUUAAGAUUCAUUCACCAACCUGAAAGCAACUCUUAAUCCGGGCUCCCCGCACAGAGCUGGACCAAUCCGAGGAGGGCGCGGGAACUUUUGAAUGCUCUUGGGUCCAAUGGUUGGCGGUCCGGCUGUAUAAAAGAAGGAGGGCUGUGUGCCUCUCAUCGCUUUCGGUGAAGACGCUCUCGGCCUUCUUGGGGGAUGGCUCGUACGAAGCAGACGGCGCGCAAGUCGACGGGCGGCAAGGCCCCGCGCAAGCAGCUGGCCACCAAGGCGGCCCGCAAGAGCGCGCCGGCCACCGGCGGCGUCAAGAAGCCGCACCGCUACCGGCCCGGCACGGUGGCCCUGCGCGAGAUCCGCCGCUACCAGAAGUCCACCGAGCUGCUGAUCCGCAAGCUGCCGUUCCAGCGGCUGGUGCGCGAGAUCGCGCAGGACUUCAAGACCGACCUGCGCUUCCAGAGCUCGGCCGUGAUGGCGCUGCAGGAGGCGUGCGAGGCCUACCUGGUGGGGCUCUUCGAGGACACCAACCUGUGCGCCAUCCACGCCAAGCGCGUCACCAUCAUGCCCAAGGACAUCCAGCUGGCGCGCCGCAUCCGCGGCGAGAGGGCCUAAGUUCUGAACGAAGGAUCGCCGACCUUAAACCCAAAGGCUCUUUUCAGAGCCACC